AUGGAUGUGGUUUUCUGCCUGCUGGCCUCAUCAGCUAUUUCAGCAGGGAUGUUCAUAGAUGGAAAAACGGACGACGUGAAGUUUACACCCCCUCCACCCGGCUCACGUGACCGGCCGAGUCCCCCUAAAGGUUUUUUUGAAGGAUCUGGAGGUCGUCCAUCACCGGCUGAUGAUGCCCCCCCAAUGGAAGGUGGCUCUCCCCAGAUCAGAGAAGGCUUCCGGUUGCCGUUCGACACCUCCAGUGGCAUGACGGCUCCGUCGGGUAACUACCCUCUGCCACCUGAAGGUUACCCGUUACCACCGUCACCUCCAGCCUGGAAUCAAACUCAAGGAUCUCGCAUGUUUGAUACGCCAGACCUGACGUACUGCAAUAUGAUCCUGGAGGCUCCGGUGCCCCCGACGGCGGAUCAGGUGCCCUGGUUCUGCACGUGCUCCCUGUGUAAAGGAAACGACGUCGGUCCGAAGGGAGACAGAGGAGACCGAGGCCUUCCAGGUUUACCUGGCAGCCCGGGAAUUCGUGGCCUCAGUGGCCCACCAGGUCAGCAAGGUUUUACAGGUCGACCAGGGAUUAAGGGUCAGAAGGGUGAGGAAGGAGCACAAGGGAUUCAGGGUUUGAUUGGUCUGACAGGAACGAAGGGUGAGCGAGGAUUCAAGGGUGAUAAGGGAGACAUGGGGAUAGAAGGCAGACCAGGGGACCAAGGGCCUCCUGGUCCACCCGGGGAAUGCCCCGAAUCCUGUGUCUCCAUAUACGGACCUCCAGGAGAAGUCGGGCUGCCAGGAUCGGUUGGGCCGAGGGGCCUGCCCGGAUCCUCCGGAACACCGGGGCCGAAAGCCGAGAAGGGUGAUCCAGGGGAACUGGGCAUGCCUGGAGUCCCAGGAGUCGAUGGAGAGAAAGGGGAUCGAGGUGAACGAGGACUCUGCGAUUGCAAGGAUGGCGCUAAAGGUGAUGCUGGAAAUCAGGGGCCUCCAGGGCCAAAAGGUGAAAAGGGCGAUGGUGGUUCCCAAGGGCUUAUAGGGCCGAGUGGAGAUAAAGGGGACAGGGGAGAAUUGGGAAUCCCAGGUCCGUCUGGCCCCUGCUCGCCCGCCAUCCAGUCUGGGUUUUUAGCGAGACUGGCUGACAAUUACCCGCUGCCUGAUCGACCGGUGCCCUUCAGGACGGUGAUUUACAACACAGAGCUUCACUACAACCCGCCGACCGGCGUCUAUAAGGCCGUCGUUAAUGGCACGUACGUCUUCAGUUACAAUCUGUUCAUCUCCAACAGAGCACUCAAAGUCGGGCUCUUCCACAACUUCAUCCCGGUUGUGAAGAGCACCGGGUCGGUCAGCCUCAGUCUGGUCUCCCAGCAGGUCGUCCUGCACCUCAACAGGGGCGAUGAAGUCUGGCUCCAGGUCAAAGACAACAACACUAACGGUAUGUUCGCUAACAGCGAGAGCAGCAGCACGUUUUCAGGGUUUCUGCUGUACCCGGAUAGCUGUGAUGAACCGUUUUCCCGGGAAGUGCCUGAGCCCAUCAGUGGCACCUACAGCUGGGGUCCAGUCGAGGAGCCGAACGCUACAUAAACACGUCGUGUGGUCAAGCUCGCUAG